UUGAAGCUUUCAUAAAAUCGACCAAUCAUUUGCGUUCGAUGUGCCUCUGGAUUAGGUAGCACAUAUGCAACACGUCAAUCCGUCUGAAUGCCUGAAUGGGUCUUAAAAUCGCGUGUGUUGGUUGAUAUGUGUGAGCUGUUGCGAGUGUGACUGUUCGACGACCGACUUAACCUUGAUUUCGCCGAAUUUUUCAUACACGUCUAGAAAGGGAAAGAAAUUUGGAACGCUGAAAGCUGUGUAUAAUUCUUUGUCAAAUCUGGAAAAGAUAUACAUACGUCUAACAAAGUCAAGACAUUACUGAGAAAACGUGUCUAGGACGAAAUAAUAUCUCGUCGUGAAUGACCGGCUAAUUGAAUGUAUUGUUCAGAAGGUCUUAAGACAGUGGUGUGUUACGGAAAAUCAAGAAAAUGUUUAAGAAAUUCGAUGAAAAGGACAGUGUUUCUGGCGUUCAGCAAUUGAAGUCGUCUGUACAGAAAGGAAUCCGUGCAAAGCUCUUGGAGUUGUAUCCUCAUCUAGAGAGUCAUAUAGAUGUUAUAAUACCAAAGAAAGAUGCUUUUCGUAUUGUAAAAUGCCACGAUCAUAUAGAGAUCAUAGUGAAUACAGCAGGAGACCUGUUAUUUUUUCGCCAACGUGAAGGUCCAUGGAUGCCUACUUUAAGAUUACUACACAAGUAUCCAUUUUUCCUUCCAAUGCAACAAGUAGAUAAAGGUGCCAUUAGGUUUGUUCUUAGCGGCGCAAACAUAAUGUGUCCUGGUUUAACGUCAAAAGGUGCAAAGAUGAUGACUGUGGAUAAAAAAACAGUUGUCGCUGUCAUGGCUGAGGGCAAGCAACAUGCAUUAGCUGUUGGUAUUACAACAUUGUCAACAGAAGAUAUUGCCAAGGUGAAUAAGGGAGUAGGCAUCGAAAACUGUCAUUAUUUGAAUGAUGGACUUUGGCAAAUGAAACCAGUGAAGUGAGACUGAAUGUACUGUGAAUUCAGGAUAUAAUCAAAGAAUCAUUUUACAUACAAAUGUUCUUUUAUCCAUUUUUACUUCGCCAUGUAAUAAUUUCAUAUGGAACAAUUUCUGGACAAUUUUUGUGUCCACAGUUACAGGUCAUAAUAAAACCAAGUUUAUUAUUAUAUUUUUAUCAUAUAAAUUAAAAAAUUACGAGUAUUUCUGCUGGCGCAAGGAUACAGAGAUAUAUGUAUCGUGUAAACGAAAAUCUCCAAAUCUAGAAUAGCAUUUGUAAAAUAAAAAAUAUUUAAACAGA